AUGCUCGUCAAGCAGCAAAGAGAAGCAAAUGUCGGCAGAGCAUCAGCUCGUCAUGGUGUGGACGACUUUGGUCGACCCGCCGCAGUAUGGACAGAGAGUGGCAGUUUGUGUGUUUUUAGCAGGAGCCUCUCAGAAGAGGAGAGGGGCUGGAGGCUGGUCCAGGCGGCUGAGCGGGGGGCAGUGGGGCAGCUGAGGGCGCUGAUCGCCGCAGGGGCCCACGUGGGGGCGAGGGGCGGGUGGGGGCAGACCGCCCUGCACUGGGCAGCGUACAGGGGAGACGUCGAGGCGGUGUGGCUGCUGGUGGGGGCGGGGGCGGCGGUGGACGCCAGGGAUGGCGGUGGGUGUACGCCACUGCAUUACGCGGCAGCCAACGGCCACGCAGAAGUGGUGGCUGCGCUGCUCGACGCGGGGGCCGACAGGGGGGCCACAACUGGUGAUGGGGAGACAGCGCUGGACAUCGCCAGGCAGUUCAACCACAGGCGGCUGGUGGAGAUGCUGUCAUGA